UUAAACUUGGAGUACAUCACAUUCACAUUAGGAGGUGGCAAAAACCUAAUAAGAACAAAUAAUAAUAAUUGGGGGUUUACGUCGCGAGACAACUGAUUAAUAAGAACAAAUGCUGUUGACCGCAUGAUUCUAGGUGGCGUAGUUUUUUUAUUAUAAUUCAAUGCCACGUUUUUUUGGGACACCCUGUAUACUGUAGAAGUGCUUUUUUUUUCGCGUUUUUCGCACAUUCCUCCAAAAUCGCGUAUUAAAGUUCCCGCGAAUAACAACCCUCUUAACAAACAGAGUGGUCCUGAUACGGAACUGCAUGUUUUAAAUCCUUACGAACUCUGUGGAAAAAAUCGUGUUUUGCAUCUGUGGUUGUGUUUUACCAUUGGUUUUACAUCAAAGCCGGCUCAUGAAACAGCGCGAUCCCUUUCCUCAGACGCUUUCAGACAUAUGUCGGCACAGUUCCCUUAGAAGUCGGCCCAGGACGCACAUUCCCCCAGGGCGUGAGUCGUGACGUAGCCCACAUACGUGAGGCCGACAACGGCAAGCCCUAUCACCACCCACCACCACCACCACCACCACCACGCGAUCCCCGUUUGAAUUUUGAAUCAUAGGAGGCGCAUUGUGCAUAAUUCACAACCAUGGCGUCGUACGCACCGGUAACGCAUGUACUGUUCGACAUGGAUGGGCUUUUAUUGGACACAGAAAAAUUAUACACCGAAGCAAUCGAGGAUGUGGCGCAGCGUUACGGCAAGCACUAUACGUGGGACAUGAAGGUGCAACUGAUGGGCUCAACAGCCGGUGACUGUAAUAGAAAGUUGCUGGACCUUCUGCAGCUGCCGAUAGAGCCUCCAGAACUUGCAACGGAGUUGGACAAAGUAUACCUGAAGCUUUUUCCCACAGCGGAACUCAUGCCCGGUGCCGAGCGACUAGUACGACACUUACACAGGCACAAGAUUCCCUUUGCGAUAGCGACGAGCAGCAAGCGUUCCUCUUUCGAACUCAAGACCUCUCGACACAAAGAGCUCUUUGCGUUGUUUCAUCACGCGACAUUGGCUUCGGACGAUCCGGACAUCAAACAUGGCAAGCCUGCACCCGACGUAUUUCUUGUAAGCGCAAGAAGGUUCGAGGAGAAUCCUGCACCGGCGCAGGUCCUUGUGUUUGAAGACGCACCACACGGUGUGGAGGCUGCCCUAGCUGCUGGAAUGCAAGUCGUGCUCGUGCCGGAUCCCCGUCUGGACGAGACCUCACGCAGUCGUGCAACCUUGUGCUUGGCCAGUUUGACGGACUUUAAACCCGAACUCUUCGGCCUGCCACCUUAUGUAACGUUCCUUCUCGAAGGAACCCAAUAGUCCAAAACUGUGUCCUCUUCUUUCUUCCUCGUGACCCCACCCUCUCGUCCUCCUCGUUGGCACCUUACACCUUAUGACGAUUGCUAGUGUGCCCUUCCCAGCACCAUGACAGUACAUCGUUGCAAACGGGACCACCACUUUAUGUGUGGCAUAGAUAAUGGGUGCGCUAAGUAGGUGCCCCAGAGCGCGAGUGUUUCAUACUCGACUUGCUUAACGCGGCACCCGAGUGUUAGACACCAACGAGUUUUUCGCACUCCCAUCUCAAAUGGGUGCUCCGAAGCAGACGACAAACGUAUGGGGCUUGAAAGAUUUGGCGUGACAUACUUCCUGUUGAGCGCAUAAUCAGCGGGGGCUGGCACUGGCAGAAAAGUACUUCAAAUAAGGGUUUGGAGCCGUUACUCUUUUCUGUUUGGUUCAGGUGCAGGUUGAGUCAUGUUGGUUGGGACUUGGGUUUUAGCUCCGCAGCAGCGCAAAAUAUCGGUUUGAACCAGUUCAGGAAAGUGAAUUUUGAGCAGAUUGCCAUGGGUUAAAAGCAAGCACAUCCUUACGAUUCUCAAGUAACACGAAUGUACUUUUGUUGUUGUCGUUGCCAACACAGCAGUUGUUCACAGCAACACUGCAUAAUACUGAUCUGCAUUUCAGGUGCAACGUUACGGUAGCAUAUUGUACUCUCUAUGUUCACUCGUCGUAUACACCCUGUUACAUCCUGCUCACGGAAUGGCCGAUAUUUUCACAGCAUAAAAUGAAAACUUGGGUUGCUGGACAACAAAAAUCGCACACAAGGAAGUCUACAACUGCCGAAAGGAAGACCCCAAAACAAAUUAACACAACUGAAUGAGCUGCUAGGAGGAAAUACCUCGCAUACUUGGGUUGCAGCUUUGGUUUCGAAUUUGUUUGGCAGCACGGCUCGAUCUACUGUGAAACUUGUAGUGUAAAAUGUUUUUAAAACCGCUGUCAUCCAAACAAUGCCACCGUAUCCUCAGUCUGUACACUGCAUGAGCAGACAAUAGGAAGUGCUAUCACCGGGACAGCAGUGUAAUGCUCUACUUGGCUAAUUUUUUCGUCCGAAAAGUGCUUAUGAAGGAAUUAAUUAAUGAAUGAAUUUUAAAGCUCUGCGCUGCCUCCGCAGCUACAGGGGCUCUGACAUCAGGACCCCACUCGCUAAGUGGAGGGGUGAGUGUGUGGUGCUCAGAGAAGAUUACGCUCAGCAAGGGCAUUGCUUUCCACUGGUUUUUACCCUCGUUGGUUCUCAUACAGUGGCAUCCUCUCGCAUUCCAGAGAAGGACUUCCGGCACACUCUCAACAUCCGUCGUCUGCUUUUGUCGUCUGUUCCAUCAAAUAACAGUCGAACUAUGCCACUAUUUCGUGUGGGGUUUUCGAUACCAGUGGUCAGUGGUUCACGAGGAAUAAAGUGACACUAUAUGUAGUUUCGAACUCAACUGGAACAAAUGCGACCAUCCCUUUAAGUUGCCGCUCCGAAUGUCUCGCACUCCUUGUAUGGGUGCGCCAAGAGAGGAGUGCCCACUUAACGCACCCAUUGUUGCCAAGUGCCAACAAGACUGUGAGUGCAAUCAACAAAUGUGCGAAAUACAUGAAAUAAAAUGUCACUAAAGCUGCUACAUGGUUGGGUGCACGGCAGUGCAAAUGUUAUUCUUUUGCAGGGAGAUUUAAGAAUACCUAUUUUGUACGGAAAGGCACUGGUAGUUGGACCCAUAUACCUAGAUACGAAAGUUAGGUAUGGAAUAAAAAAAAUUCUCAUUAGUGAA